AUGCCUGAAAUCAAAGCUGAAAAGGGAAAAAGAGGUCGACCAAAGAAGACCGCGCCAGUCGAAGAAAAGCUUUCUCGGCGAGAAUUAAUCAAGUACGAAUUCAACAUGCUAUUCUCUCUCCUCAGAGCAACAACGGCAACAGAAAGCUACCAGAAAGAUUUUUGCGUGACGACGGCCGCAUCUUGCAUUCGCGGCUCGAAGCAAUUCGGAGAAUACCUUGAAGAUCGACGAAAAGAAGUUCGAGAAGCAGAGAGCCAACAGGGCGAGUCGGCUUUUCUUUUGGCAGAGGAGCGAUUCUUGAAAAUUUGCGAGAAGAUUCAGCAGAGCAAAGAUGACAGAAUCCUGCGCGACAGAAAAUUUCUCUCGGAAGUGCAAUCGCUGAAUACUUCAGUUGCUGCGAAACACUUGUAUGAAACGAGCAAAGGCAUCUACAUCGAUUUAAUUCUACCACACCUGAACAACAACAGAACUUCCACUCAAAACUGA